AUGGGCCGCGGACCAAGCAUUUUGCGGUUUGACGCCUUUUCCAAGACCGUCGACGACGCGCGCGUCAAGACGACGUCGGGCGGGAUCCUGACACUCGUGUGCAUUCUCACGACGCUGCUGCUGCUGGUCAACGAGUACACGGAAUACUCGCGCAUCGUGACCCGGCCCGAGCUUGUGGUGGACCGCGACCGCAACAAGAAGCUCGAGAUCAACCUCGACAUCAGCUUCCAGAACAUGCCGUGCGACCUGCUCACGCUGGACAUCAUGGACCAGUCCGGGGACAUGCAAUUGGACCUGCUGUCGUCUGGGUUCAGCAAGAUCCGUCUCGACAGGCAGGGCAACGAGAUCGGGCAAGAGAACAUGCGCGUGAACCAGGAGUUUGCGCUCACGUCGUCGGACCCGGCGUACUGCGGCUCGUGCUACGGCGCGGCGGACCAGUCGCGCAACGACGAGCUGCCGCAGGACCAGAAAGUUUGCUGCAACUCGUGCGAGUCGGUCAAGCAGGCGUACGCGCGCAACGCGUGGAAGUUCUACGACGGCAAGGACAUCGAGCAGUGCGAAAAGGAGGGCUACGUAGACCGGAUCAACGCGCGGCUGGACGAAGGGUGCCGGGUGCGCGGGACAGCCGAGAUUGCGCGGAUCGGGGGCAACCUGCACUUUGCGCCGGGCAGCUCGAUGAACUUCAACGAAAAGCACGUGCACGACCUGUCGUUGUACGACAAGCACUCGGGCAAGUUCAACUUUGACCACACGAUCAACCACUUCUCGUUCGGCCUGGACGACCACAGCGUCGCCGACUACAAGACAACGCACCCGCUGGACGCGACGGGCCACAAAGACGGUCAGAAGUACCACGUGUACUCGUACUUCCUCAAGGUGGUGAACACGCGGUACGAGUUUCUGGACGGACGCAAGGUGGAGACGAACCAGUUUUCUGCGACACAGCACGACCGGCCGUUCCGGGGCGGCCGCGACGAGGACCACCCGAACACGAUCCACGCGCAGGGCGGGCUGCCGGGGGUGUUUUUCCACUUUGAGAUCAGCCCGCUGAAGAUCAUCAACCGCGAGCAGUACAACAAGACGUGGAGCGCGUUUGCGCUGGGGGCGUGUGCGGUGGUCUCGGGCGUGCUGACGGUGUUCACGCUGCUGGACCGGACGAUCUGGGCGGCCAACCGUAUGCUCAAGGACAAGAAAGAUACGUAG